AUGGCGUUGAAUGACUUGAGAGACGCUCCAAAUACGCAGUCAUUUCAGUUUAACAGAAGCCUUUCCAUACGACCCUAUAACUCGCAAACAAGCCCCGGUAGACCUAGAACAUCACUAAGCAUGUGGAUGUCCACUUCGUAUCACGGAUCGGCCCUUUCAGUCUUGCUCUUCACGGCAUGGACGACAGCGAUACCAUUGGAGAUCACGAGUCUAGCAUCGGAGGAUGUAGUAUGGGAAACAGUGUUCAUCACGGAAAUCAUCACAGUUUACCCAAAGAUGCCGGCAAGUUUGUUCAGUACAGAAAGAAACUCUAUAACUACGGUAUGGCAGUCCAGUACAGCUGCUACUUAUGAGGCUCCGAAGCGAUCAGGCACCACAGAUAACGUCCAUGGAACGGAGAAGGUGUCAGCGAGUUUGACUAUAGGUGGCAGUGGAGGUCUUUCAUGGACAUCAGAUCUACUAAAGACUUCGACUUCGACGUCACAAUGGAUUUCCUCAUCGAUUGGCCGUUCAGAGUUCCUAGGCAGUAUUUCGCCACCUACACCGCUAUUUACAACCACCUUGGCCUCAGUUAUAUCACUUAGCAGUCCUAUUUCUACACCUUCAGGAUCCGACUUCGAUUGGCCACAACUUCCCACAACAAACAUACACUCUACAUUUAGCUCCAUUGCUAAGCAACCUGGUCAAAGCCCUACAGUCACUUCUAUGGGCCAGUCGCUGUCCAAGCCAACAUCAUCGCGAAAAGGAUCAUGGAGAGACUCAUUUCGCGACACACGAAAGGGCAUCCUCACAUCUUUCGGUCAUAGCACGACCGCAGUACCCAACGAGAUUCCUCCAGACAACAUCUUCGUCCCUAUCCAGAAAGACAGCAUCCUUUCUCAGAUUCCGAUCGGCCGCCAUCAUCCAGUGCCUAAGACGGGAGUGGAGGAUGAUGACAAACGGACGAUGCACACGAAUAAGUUCUACGCCAAUGCGUUUCUGGGCCAGCAGAAUAUGCCUAUUUGGACGCACCCGUAUUCGAUUUGGUGGGGGAAAGGGUGGAAUGAACAAGGUGUGCUACAGACGUGGGGAAUGAACAUUGCACAUAUUGAAGAAAGCGAUAUUGCCUAUGGACUUGGUGACCCUACCAAUGUCUACACAAAUCCGCCGCACAAGCAAUCACUUGUCCUCUCCGCAGCUGAGCUCGACUCCCAGACAAUUCUGACUACCGAUACCCAUCUGCCUUUCUCCGUCAACAUCAACAUCUUCUCUCACUCCGCUCCGCAAGAACCAAAGAUCACGUUUCCUGUCGUCCAGGGGAUGAGCUUCGUCACGGCUGGCUACAGAAAUGCUACACCCACGAUACACACUGGUGGGAAAGGCUUUGUGGAUUGUGUGGGACCAAUUCCGAUGGGUAGAACAACGAAGUAUCGCGUCAGGGAUAUGGAUGGCCGAGACUGGGUCAUCUAUGUCAACCCGGUAAUAGGCCUCGACUACGACGGCACGAAAUUCCUUCGACUCGACCCGAACACCUUGCUUGGACCUGCUGGCUUCAAAGGCACGAUACAGGUUGCAAGGAAUCCUCUUGGUGCUGAAGGAGAGGCGCUCUACGACAAGGCUUGUGGCGCGUUCGUCUACGAAGCAAGCAUUACUGCUGUAGCCCCCGACAGUAAAGGAGCAUACUCGUUCAACUACACCAAGAUUGGCAGCUCACCACUGCUGAUGUUCGUUCUACCCCAUCAUUUACAGUCCCUCGACCCGGAGCUCAGAAAACAGGUGACUAAAUUGCAAUUGCGUUCGACAACAAAGGGCAUGGCCACUGCUAUUUGGGCUGAAAAACUUACCUUCAUAGAACCCAACCUUCCCACUACUAUGCACUUCGGUCCAUGGAAUCCUACUACCACAGCAAAAGUACGCUACCCACCAGACGUCCUAGCCCUCAUCGCCGCAGUAGCCGAACGCGAUCUCCGGCGCGCCAUGACGGAGCCAAUACCACCAGAUUCCAUGUACUACGCGGGCAAGUCUCUCGCGAAAUUCGCCACGAUAGUCUGGGUGAUCAAAGACGUGCUCGGCAACGACACCCUCACCACGGCCGGCCUAGACAAGCUCAAGCAAGAACUAGCCAGAUACAUCAGCAACCAACAACUCCACCCCCUCUACUACGACGACAGCUGGAAAGGCAUCGUCUCCAACGCGGGCUUCACCGACCCGGGCGCCGACUUUGGAAACACAUACUACAACGACCACCACUUCCACUUUGGCUACUUUGUGUACACGGCGGCUGUCAUUGGCUAUCUGGACGCUGCGUGGCUGACCCAAGGCGAUAAUAAAGCGUGGACGAAUAUGCUGGUCAAGGACUUUGCGGAAAGCGAUUAUCACGGGCGGGAUUAUCCUUUUUCGAGGAGUUUUGACUGGUGGCAUGGGCAUAGUUGGGCAAAGGGUCUGUUCGAGAGUGCAGAUGGGAAGGAUCAGGAGAGUACGAGUGAAGAUGGGUUUGCGAGUUUUGCAGUCAAGAUAUGGGGGCGGGUGAGCGGGGAUGUGAAUAUGGAGAAGAGAGGCAACCUGAUGCUCGCCAUCCAAGCCCGCUCCUUCAACGCAUACUUCUACCUGCAAGCCACCAACACAAACCACCCAGCCCGCUUCCUCGGAAACAAAGUAUCAGGCAUCCUUUUCGAGAACAAAGUCGACUACGCAACAUACUUCGGCACUACACACCCUCUCAUCCACGGCAUCCACAUGGUCCCCAUCAACCCCUCAACAGCCUACACCCGCCCGCGCGCCUUUGUCGCGGAGGAAUGGGACGCGUUUUUCUCGGGCAAUCGCGCGCUGCUGGCCGACGGCGGGUGGCGCGGUAUCUUGUAUGCGAACCUAGCGCUUGUGGACGCCAAGGCGAGUUUCCUCUUUUUCCGAGAUGGCGUAGGUGGGUUUUGGGAUGAGCGGUGGAUUGAUGGCGGGGCGAGUCGGACGUGGUAUCUUGUUUGGGCGGCGGCCAUGGUCGAGUUUGGGAAGCGGUGA